GGUCAAAGUGAACUGUAAUAGCCAUUAUUGUUGUUUUUCUAUUACGUUGUCGCCUUUCGGUAAUAUAAAUUGUAGGAAUUACUGAGUAAAUUUAUCUGUCUAAUAGUUCCUAGGCUGUAUUUGUUUAAAUUGUAUCAUGUUAUAAUAAGUAUUUAACUCUCUAUUGUUUUUAUAACAUAAAAUACAGUCCCUAGAACUAUUACCAUUUAUGUUUCGCGAAUUUCUAUUUUGACACUUGUUUUAUCUCCAAUUUUUAACUAAAAUUUUUUUUUUUAAUUUACGAAUUAAUAACGGUCUAAACACAGUGUUUUCAAUUUUUUUUUUUUACAAUUAUCUUAUGACAUGCUGUUUCGAGUGAUAAUUAACGUGUGAUGUUUGUAUCUCUUUUCCGCUACACGGUCAAAUGCACUGUUCUUCUGCCACGCAACAGCAGUUUAUGAGAAAGUGAACAUUUAGAGUUAAUAGUUGGUUACAUCAACCUUGGCAAUUUACAUUGCCACUUGCUACUACUAAAGAAACAACAAUCAUUAAGAAACAACUUAAAUAGUUAGAUAAGAAAGAGAAAAUAAAACUAAGGGAUUAUAUGUAUAUUUAUACCUACAGUUAGUAGAUUAGAAUUAAAACGAAUAAACUACUAUUUCAAUUUAAAAACAACUCAACGCUUGUAACGCAAAUUUCCAAGGAAAUUCAAAGACAUCGCUUAAUGAUAACACGCAAUAGACGAAAAUUUCUGACAUGAGUGUAAUAAUUCGAUUGCAAAAUUUACCUUGGGCCGCCAGUGCUGCAGAUAUAAGACAGUACUUCCAAGGAUUGUCAAUUCCAGAAGGUGGAGUUCAUAUCGUAGGCGGAGAACAAGGAGAUGCAUUUAUUGCAUUUAGUACUGACGAAGAUGCUAGAAUGGCCAUGUUAUCCGACGGUGGAUGUAUCAAAGAAGUUAAAGUAAAAUUAUUGCUGAGUUCUCGGAAUGAGAUGCAAAAAGUUAUUGAAACUGCCCGACAACAGGCUUUAAACUUACAAACUAUUAUGCAAAUGCCAGCUCAACAUCCUAUGAUGAAUGUGGUCCCUCCACUAACUGCUAAAGUUUUACCUCAACCACAACAACCCAUUAUGCCUCAACAAAUCAUUAUGCACCAACAACAGAUGCAAAUGCAAAUGCAGCCGAAUCAUGAAAUGAUACAACUGCAAAAAUCAAAUAGUCCAAUUAAAGAUCAUGACAGAGAACAUAGAAGUGAUCGAACAAGGUCAAAAUCUAGAGAACGCAGGUCUAAAUCGAGUCGUAUUGGAAGUAGGCGUGAUAGGUCUAGGUCUAGAGAUAGACGGAGAAGAGAUCGAAGCCGAGGGAGAGAUAGAUCAAGAGAACGACAUCGUGGAAGUAAAGACUCAUUGAGUAGAGAUGGGGGAAAAUCUCAAAGAUCUAAAUCGCCUCCAAAAAAAGAUGAUCUUCAACAAAAACAGCAGCAGCCUGUUAAACCUUGGGCUACCCACUUUGAUGGUGGAAAUGCUUCAAAUGUACCUAUGCCCCUCAUGGAUAGCAAUAGUAGACCUGCUAUGGUCAAUAUGGGAGGCCGUGGUGUACCUGGUAUUGAUCCUAGAAAUCAGUCAAUUGCGCAAGGGCAUAAUAACAUGUACGGACAAUUUAGAACACCACAACCUCCAACAAUACCGCCUAUGUAUCAAACAGGUCAAAAUCAACAGGCGUUUACUGAUGAAUACGAUAAUGAUAAUCGACCUUACGACGAUAAUAUCAAUGGUAACUUCGAUUCUAGAUAUCAUAAUGGUGAUGAAUCAAUGGGUAGACCAAGGGCUGAUUUUGGAAGAAGGUUCAACGAUGUGGGUCCACACCAAAGACGUCAUGGUUUUCAACAACAAUCGGGUGAUAUUCAAAAUAAUCGAGGUCCUAGAUUCGGUAAAGGAGGGCCAUCAGGUAUGCAGAUGAACCGUCCGUACGGAGGAGAUAAUGCUGGUGGACCACCGGCUUCAAGAUUUAAUCAUGAUCGUCAAUCAAUGUUUGAAGACCAUAGUCCCCAAAAAUUUAACGAUGAUGGACCACCUCCACUUUCGUCUGACUAUAAUGAACAGGCUAAGAAACCACGAUUCAACGACAGAUAUAGGUAUGAUGUGCGCAAUUCAGCUCAACAUGUAGCCAAUCUCCAGCAACCUACUGAAGGACUUUGUGUUGAAGUGUAUAAUAUGUCCAAUCAUAUCUCUUACGGUGACGUACGCAAAAUGUUUGACGGUAUACAAAUUGACGGUUCAGCUAUUAAAAUUCAAAAACACAAACAGGGUGUAGCAUUUGUUAAGUUUAAUGAUAAUCAUAGCAAAAAUAUGGCAAUGAAAUACAAUGGUACCUUAUAUAAAGGAAAUCGGAUAAUUAUUAAACAUUUAGACGAUGAAGCCUAUGAAAAAGAAAACACAGACGAUAGACCUUAUCCUAAGGCAGAUAACACUGGAAUCAAAUCGACGGCGGUUAAUGGAGAUGAUCAACCGGACGUCUUGAUCAUAGAUGGUGAUGAUAGAGACGACAGUGAUGAUCUAAUAGUUUGUGAAAAUGUCAAUGACGAUAGUAAAAUUCAACAAACUUCGUCUACAAAGUAUUUAAAACUUAACCAGGUGCCCAUCACUGUUACCGAAGACGAAGUACGUACUGUGAUAAAUGUUGAUACUUUGCGUACAGUAGAGUUCUUCCCAGACGAUCAGUUCCUAGGCGUUAUACUCGAAUUCACAAGCGUAGAGGCAGCCGAAAGCACGUUAAAACAGCAUGACUGUGUGUUAUUAGGAUUCUCGCCCAUACCGUUGUUACCGUGUACAGAUAAAGAAGCUCGGCGACUUAUUAAACGUAGGCCUCCACCACCUUCGUCCCAUAAACCAGUAGAAAAGAAUAACUUUAACAAUAGACACCCACCGUAUAAAUCGUUGCAUUCUAACUGUUUAUAUUUGUCCGGUUUACCUACGACCGUUACCAAUACUGAUAUCACUCAGUUUUUUUCUGACGUGUCGGUUUUACCCGACAAAAUUCACAUAAUGCUGAAUAAAUUUGGUCGGCCCACUGGCGAGUCUUACUGCGAAUUUGGUAAUGCUCAACAAGCAUAUGCUGCUGCUGCUAAAGAUCAAUGCUUUAUGGGUCCCUGUAUUGUGUCUGUGGAGAUGAUUAGUCGCUCCGACAUGAUUCAAGCUAUUACCAAACCUAUGCAAGAUAUGUCUUGGGGUAUGCGUGGAGGGCCCCGACAAAAUAUGAUGCCACCUCAAGGAAAUCAUGCGCCUUAUCAUAAUCCCAAUAACGGCCUACCAAAUUACAUGAAUAGGCCGCAGUACAUGAACAAUCGAGGUAAUAUGGGGCAUCCAUAUACCCCACGUAUGAGAACACCUGGACCUGGUCCUUCCCCGGGUCCAGACAGUUUUGGCCAACCUGGCUGUGUAGUGGCUCUAGACAAUGUACCAUACCGUGCUGAUGUUCAAGAGAUAGUUGAGUUCUUUGAUGGAUUUGACCUUAACAGUCAAAAUGUUAUAAGACGGUUCAAUGAUUUCGGAAAGCCUACAGGUGAAGCCAGAGUCAAUCUUAGAAGUCCACAAGAAGCAAUGAACGCAGUCAAAAUGUUACAGAAUAAAUCUAUACAUAACCGACCAAUACGACUGACUCACUUAUGAAUAAAUGAUAGUUAUAUUUUGUAAAUUUAUAUCACUUGCACUUCACUUUUAAAUAUUUUUUUUGUAUGAUAUAAUUUAAAAAUAAUUAUGUGUAUAAAUAUCCUUAUUUUAUUUAUUUUUAUAAAUAACCUAUUGUUAAAGGGUAUUUAAUUAAUAAGGAACAAUGUGGAAGAAAAUAUAUGUACACUUUCUUCCACUAAAACAUUCUCUACAAUAAAUUAAAAUUAUUAUUAAUUGGCAA